AUGAGCAGUAGAUUGAUAGUGAAAACAAGAGCAAACGAUAGUGGGAAGCAAGUAUCAUGGGCAAAAUUGCACCGUCUUGAUUCCCUCAAUGUGGAAGCAGGAAAAGUUUCUUCCUUUCUGGCAGGACACACGUCUAAGGGUGAUUGGAAGACACUAUUGGGUUUGGCAUUUCAGUCAGCAGGAGUUAUCUAUGGAGACAUAGGGACUUCUCUUCCUUAUGUCUUUGCAAGUUUCUCCGGCAGAACUCGAGUCCUAUCAGGUUGCUUCCAGGGUACUGGUUCAAUGGGAAACCUGGAGAUAGGUUUCAUAUCCAUAUCAGGAUAUGCAAAAUUGAGUCUCAUUCCAAACCAGCAGCCAGAAGACAGUGAGCUUUCACACUAUGGUUUAGACAUACCAUCCAAUAAGUUCAAGAGGGCUCAGAAGACCAGAUAUAAUAAAUUGGAGAACAGUAUUUUUGCUAAAAUUGUUCUUGUCUUCCUUGCGAUUCUUGGAACAUCUAUGGUCAUUGGUGAUGGAGUACUCACUCGUUGCAUCUCAGUUCUCUGUGCCGUAAGUGGGAUUAAGCCUCUAGGCCAAGAAGCGAUUAUGUAUAUUUCAGUCGCGAUACUGGUAGCCCUCUUCUGUUGUCAACGUUUUGGUACAGACAAGGUGGGAUAUGCAUUUGCUCCGGCCAUAAGCGUUUGGUUUUUAUUGAUAAGCGGCAUUGGUCUCUACAACCUGUUCACGUAUGAUAUGAGUGUCUUACGCGCCUUUAAUCCCAUGUACAUUUUUUACUACUUCAAAAGAAAUGGUAAAAAAGGAUGGCUUUCCCUUGGUGGAGUUUUCCUCUGCAUUACAGGAUUGGAAGCUAUGUUUGCUGAUUUGGGUCAUUUUAGUGUGAGGUCCAUUCAAAUAAGCUUCAGUUGCCUCGUAUUUCCAUCUAUCCUCUCUGCCUACAUUGGACAAGCAGCGUAUCUCUCACAUUUCCCUGAAAAUGUGGGAAAUGCUUUCUAUGCUUCAGUUCCAGGUCCACUUUACUGGCCAACAUUUGUAGUGGCUGUUGUUACUGCCAUAAUUGCAAGUCAAGCUAUGAUAUCUGGAGCAUUUUCUAUUGUGGCUCAGGCACAAAGCUUGGCUUGUUUUCCCAGGGUGAAAGUAGUUCACACAUCUGAAAGACAUGAGGGUCAAGUUUACAUCCCAGAACUCAAUUACUUCCUCAUGUUUGCUUGUGUUGUAGUUACUCUCGGCUUCAAAACGACAGAAGAAUUGGGACACGCAUAUGGUAUUGCUGUGGUUUGUGCUGAGAUCAUAACCACAAACAUGGUGACAUUAGUAAUGCUUCUUAUAUGGAAAACCAGCAUAUGGAGGAUCGUCUUGUUCUACAUGGUGUAUAUUACCAUGGAAUCAACAUAUCUAUCAGCUCAGUUGACAAAAUUCAUGGAAGGUGGUUAUCUGCCCAUGACUUUCUCGUUUGUGUUCGUGAUCAUCAUGGGGAUUUGGCACUAUGUUCAAAAAAAAAGAUACCAUUUUGAGCUCAAUAACAAGGUCUCGAGUAACUACAUAAGGGACUUAGCCAAGAAUCCAGACAUCAAAAGAGUACCUGGAAUAGGACUACUCUACUCUGAAUUAGUACAGGGGAUUCCACCAAUAUUUCCACACUUUGUCUCAAAUAUUGCAUCCGUCCACUCUAUCAUCGUUCUCGUAUCAAUUAAAUCCAUUCCUAUAAGUAAAGUGACACUCGAGGAACGUUUCUUGUUCAGACAUGUUGAGCCUAGAGAAUACAAGGUGUUCCGAUGCGUUGUUAGGUUGGGUUACAAUGAUCAAAUUGGGAAAUCUGAGGACUUUGAAAGCCAACUGAUCGAUCAUUUGAAAGAGUUCAUACGACAGGAACAUUAUAUUUUUGCAGCACAUGAUGAUCAAGUGUCAGAUACAGAACCUGAAAUUGAAGCUAGAAAAUCAUCGUCAAGUGUGGUCCACGUGGAGGAGGAGCUGCAACAUUUAGAUCCAAGAAUAUCAUCAUCAGCUGGUUCAAUUCGAGUUAACACUGCAUCAGCUCAGUUUAAUCAUUCAUCAAGUCUAAUACAAGUAGUGGCACCAGGUUUGGAAGCAGAAGAAGAGAUGCAAUACGUGGGAAAACCUUAGGAGCAAGGAGUGUUCUAUCUGUUGGGAGAAGCAGAAGUGGUUACUAAACAAGAUUCGUCGUUCUUGAAGAAAUUUGUUGUCAACUAUGCCUACACUUUCUUGCGCAAGAACUUCAGACAAGGCGAGAAAGUUAUGGCCAUUCCUAAGACUAGGCUGCUUAGGGUUGGCAUGACUUAUGAAAUAUAAUUGUUACCUAUCAGAUAGUGAAAAUUCACUACCAAAAUGGAAGUUUUUUCUGGUCUGUUUACGGGAAUAAUACGGGCAUUAUGCUCAAGGCUGGAGCUAGGAUUUUGAGUUUGA